AUGUCUACUGGAGCAGACAUCAAGGCGAGAGUGGGAGACAUUCCCAAUGACAGCAAUUUAAACAUGACCCAAGAACAAUCCUUCAAGAAAGGCUUCUGUUCACUGAGGCAUGGUCUAGCCUUUAUCUUGCAGCUCUGUAAUUUUUCAAUUUACACCCAACAAAUGAAUUUGAGCAUUGCCAUAACAGCUAUGGUGAACACCACAGCAGCAUCCAGCCAGCUAAAUACUUCCACAGAAAGACCCCCUGCCAAUUCCCAAGACUUCUGGAAUGAAACACUACAGGAAUCUAAGGCCCCUGUGUAUGACUGGACUCCUGAGAUCCAGGGAAUCCUCCUCAGCUCCCUAAGCUAUGGAUCAUUCUUAGCUCCCAUCCCCACUGGCUAUGUGGCUGGAGUAUUUGGAGCCAAGUAUGUGGUUGGAGCAGGCUUGUUAAUUUCUUCAAUCCUGACUCUCUUCAUUCCACUGGCGGCUGAUGCUGGAGUAGCCUUGCUCAUUGUCCUUCGGGUCAUCCAAGGCAUAGCUCAGGUUAUGGUAUUAACAGGUCAAUACUCAGUGUGGGUCAAAUGGGCUCCCCCACUGGAAAGGAGUCAACUCACCACCAUCGCGGGAUCAGGGUCAAUGCUUGGGACAUUCCUUGUCCUCAUUUCUGGUGGUCUUCUUUGCCAGACCCUCGGAUGGCCUUAUAUUUUCUAUAUCUUUGGUGGAAUAGGCUGUGUCUGUUGCCUGAUCUGGUUUCCUCUCGUAUAUGAUGACCCACAGAAUCACCCCUUUAUCAGCUCUAGUGAGAAGAGAUACAUUGUGUGUUCACUGGCUCAAGAGGAUUGCUCUCCAGGCUGGUCACUUCCCAUUAAAGCCAUGGUCAAAUCUCUCCCACUUUGGGCCAUUGUAGUGUCUUAUUUAUGCCAAUACUGGCUGUUAUCCAUGAUAAUGGCAUACACACCCACGUAUAUCAGCUCUGUACUUCAAGCAAACCUCAGAGACAGUGGAAUCCUGUCAGCCCUGCCCUUCGUGUUUGGCUGUGUCUGCAUUAUCCUUGGUGGUCUGUUGGCAGAUUUUCUCCUCUCCAGGAAAAUCCUUCAACUCGUAACUAUCAGGAAGCUCUUCACUGCCAUAGGGGUCCUUGUCUCAUCUGGGAUUCUCGUGCCCCUGCCUUGGGUCAGGUCCAGCCGUAUCACCACAAUGGCCUUCUUGGUACUAUCGUCUGUCUUCUGCAGCCUCUGUGAUUCAGGAGCCCUCAUUAACUUCUUAGAUAUUGCUCCACGGUAUGCUGGCUUUCUCAAAGGACUUUUGCAAGUGUUUUCUCAUAUAUCAGGAGGCAUAGCUCCUACUGUUGCUGGAUUUUUCAUUGGUCAGGAUCCAGAGUUUGGCUGGAGAAAUGUGUUCUUUCUGGCAGCUGCUAUUGAUGUAGUAGGCCUGCUCUUCUACCUCAUCUUUGGCCAAGCAGAGGUACAGGACUGGGCUAAGGAACAGACAUUCACCCAUCUCUGA